AUGUUGCCAGAGUCGUCUGUUUUCCACCAAGAAAUCGGUGCAGUUUACAUGGAGUCUGUGUUCUUGGAGCGGCCGGCAGCAGGUCAGAUCCUGGGCGUGGCGUCCCGGCGGCGCCGAGCCAACUCCUUCUUCCUGGAGGAGAUGUUGCCCGGAGACCUGGAGCGGGAAUGUCACGAAGAGCGCUGCUCGCAGGAAGAGGCCACCGAGAUCUUCAGGACCACCGAGAAGACGAUGGAGUUCUGGUACAAAUACACUAAUCUGGACCCGUGUCGGACCAACCCCUGUCAGAACGGAGGCAUCUGCACUCUGGACCGCGGACACUUCCUGUGUCUCUGUUCCCCACAGUACAGCGGCAAGACCUGCGAAUCAGAGGUGUUGCAGUGUUACUACAGAAACGGAGGCUGUAUGCAGUACUGCUCCGACCUGCUGGGGGGCGCUGGAGUUCAGUGUGGCUGCGCUGACGGAUUCAAACUGGACCCUGACGGACACAGCUGCUCCGAGACCGUGGCGUUCCCCUGUGGCCGACAGCAGUCAGAGCUGUCAUCGUACCAAAGUCGCUCUGACCGAGUCACCAUGGAGACGGACGCCAUGUGGGACGCCAAAAGCACCGACGGCUGGGCGGCGAUCCUGCAGAACCGACAACGGAACGGUCGCCAUGACGCCGCUGUAUCGUGGGGGGUGCUGGAUAAACCGGGGAGUCCCUGGCAGGUUCUGCUCCGCAGGUCUGAUGGUUAUGGUUUCUGUGGAGGAACUCUGGUUUCCGAUCGUUGGGUCGUCUCUGCUGCUCACUGCCUCGAGGAGACUGUAGACCAUGUGACAAUAGGUGAUUAUGAUAAGCACCGUCCUGAUCCAGGUGAACAGCUGAUUAAAGUCCAGAAGGUUGUCGUCCAUCCUCACUUCCAUUCCUUCACCUUCGACAGCGACAUUGCUCUGCUGUUACUGGCCCAGCCCAUUGCCCGGGGCAACACUGCCAUCCCCGCCUGCCUGCCUGACCCCCACCUCUCCACUUACCUGCUGCAGGCAGGAAACCGUGGCGUGGUGACAGGCUGGGGGCUCACGCAGCACCUGGGUCGGUCCUCCCGCUUCCUCAGGAAGGUGACACUUCCUGUCGUCAGCUACCCAGAAUGCAUCGCUUCCACUGAACAGGUGAUAACAGACAACAUGUUCUGUGCCGGGUACCUGUCUGUCUCUCAGGACGCCUGCAGUGGAGACAGCGGUGGUCCGUUCCUGGUCAACUACCGAGGAACCUGGUUCCUGACCGGCGUGGUCAGCUGGGGGGAGAAGUGUGCCGCCGUCGGCAAGUUCGGGGUCUAUACCCGCCUGGGCAACUUCCUGUCCUGGAUCAGAGACACCAUGAGACAGAGACAGAGAGACACCGUGGACCCACGGGGGCUCAGAGACACGGUGGACCCACGGGGACUCAGAGACACGGUAGACACACCAGAGAUCAGAGACAGUGUGGACACACCAGAGAUCAGAGACAGUGUGGACACACCGGAGAUCAGAGACAGCGUGGACACACCGGAGAUCAGAGACACCGUGGACACACCAGAGAUCAGAGACAGUGUGGACACACCAGAGAUCAGAGACACAGUAGACCCACCAGAGAUCAGAGACAGCGUGGACACACCGGAGAUCAGAGACACCGUGGACACACCGGAGAUCAGAGACAACGUGGACACACCGGAGAUCAGAGACACCGUGGACACACCGGAGAUCAGAGACACAGUAGACCCCGUGGAAUCUGGGCUCAGAGAUACGGUGGACCCACCGAACCUUAAAGAGACCGAGAGCCAAGACACAGGAACAAUCAGACCGGAGCUCAGAGACACCGUGGAUCUUUAUGUCUGA